AUGACCACCAUGACCGAAAACAAAAGCCACACGGUCAUAAUCAGACCAGACCCUGAGUUCAUUUCCUUGAUCCCCAAGCCUAUUCCCGAAGGCCUUGACAAACUAACAGCACAAAAAAUCGGAAUGGAAAACUUUGACACAUUUCGCCUACUUGUAAUCAAAGCAGCACGUAUCAUCCAACAAGGGAGCACCAAUCGGAAUAUAAUUGAAUACGGUUACAUCACUGGCAAGGGAAAUCUCAAAAUGAUAAUUGGGAAAAACGCGAGCGUUGACGAAAUCACCGACCUCCCUGAAGGCUGGGAAAUCCUCGAUGCCCCAGGCUGGCUCAAUAUAGUUGCUAGAGAUAUUCCCACUGACAAAGUCAUUGACAGUAAAGGAAACGUACUUUCUAAGUCCCUUAGAAAUGAGAUCCAAAGAAGAAACCCUGACCUGAUCUUGCUAAGAGAUCCCAUUCUCAUAUCACACGAUCUUACUCGCCCCUGCCAGUUGUUCAUACUUACCUUCAGUAAUAAAGACAAGGAUAUCCUUAAGAAAAAAAAAAUCAUCAAUUGUUACGAAAAUGGCACCACCUGGAGUCAAGUUAGAAAUAAAACUCCUAAGCAAAAGCAACCCAAACUCGUUUCUGUCUAA